UCAAAUAACGAAGAAAUGGCUGAGUUAUUGAAGUAUAAGGAUUUUGUUCAUCCACCAUCGAUUGACGAGCUUCGCAAACAAACAGAAGAGGCAUUUAGUCAUAAAUACAUUAAAUACAUGUAUGCUAGAUUUAAAAAUGAAUGUCCAACUGGACGUAUGCGAAUGGCUGAAUUCAAGCAGAUGUUUGGAGCCUAUAUUCCGGAUCGUCUCACCGAUGAUUAUUUAGUACGACUGUUUAAUGCAUUCUCAAAAAGCAAAAGUGAAAUUACGUUCCAGGUAAAGGUUAUUAAUCUUUUAUUUUUUUUUCUUUUUUUAAUUUUCUUAGUCAAUUUAUAA